AUGAGUGCCCCUCGCAAGCUUUCAGUGACCGUCGUCGACGAGAACGCUGUUGGCGUAACAUCCGUCCUCGCCAAACGUGGCACCCAUGCUGUCUUGGAAGAAGGCGCCAGUCAUGACGAGGUUACUUUGGGUGCUUUGGGAUAUAAACAAGAAUUCAAGAGAGAUUUCACGAUCUGGGAAUCGUUUUCAGUGUCGUUCUCCGUCCUAGGCCUUUUGCCUUCGAUUGCGUCCACGAUUGGUUACAGCUUGGGUUAUUCGGGAACGGGCGGUGCCAUUUGGGGGUGGCUCAUUGCUGCGCUUUUUAUUCAAGCCACCGCCUACACCAUGGCCGAAUUAUGUUCAAGCAUGCCUACCGCCGGUGGUCUUUACUACGCUUCCGCCGUUCUUGCUCCUGAGGGAUGGGGACCGUUAGCGUCCUGGUUUGUUGGAUGGUCCAAUUUCUGCGGCUUCGUUACCGGGCCAUGCUCCGUGAACUAUGCUCUGGCUUCCAUGCUCGUCACUUGUGGAAUGAUUGCUUAUCCCGGCUACGAGCCGGAGACCUGGCACAUAUACCUCACAUUGCUCGCUAUCCUGGUCAUUAAUGGUCUCAUCACAAUGCAGUCGACCUGGUUCAUCGGCUGGGUCAAUAAGAUUGGGACGAUAUGGAACCUCAUUGUCAUACUAAUUUUUGUCAUCUGGUUCCCAGUGGGUUCGAUCAAUCACCCAAAGACCAAUCACAGUCACUAUGUAUGGACCAGUUUCCCCAACGGCACUGAGUGGCCGAUCGGCUGGUCCACCAUCAUGGGGUUUCUCACCACCAUCUGGACUCUGUCAGGGUAUGAUGCACCCUUCCACCUGUCGGAGGAAUGCAGCAAUGCCAACAUUGCUUCCCCCCGAGCCAUUGCCAUGACCGCUCAAUCGGGCCUGGUCUUGGGCUUUGCCAUCAUGUUGAUCAUCGUGUAUACUGUCACCGACAUAACCGAUGUCGUGGCGGGUCAGUAUGGGCAGCCGUUUGGUAGCCUGUGUCUGCAGGUUUUGGGUCAAAAAGCGGGCCUUGCCAUGUUCUCCCUCAACAUCAUUGCUCAGUUCUUUGUCGGGGUCGGUUGUACCGUCACAGCGACUCGUGUGAUAUUCGCUUAUUCUCGCGACGGCGCCAUCGUGGGAUCUCGGUGGUGGAGUCAGAUCCAUCCAAGAACCAGGACACCGGUUUACGCAACCUGGGGUGUUCUGUUGGUCGCGGCUCUGCUCGGGCUAUUGAUGUUUGCCAGCCCUGUCGCCAUCGGUGCCGUGUUCAGCAUUGGUGCCAUCGCGCAGUAUACGGCAUUCACGACGCCUGUGGCAUUGAAGUUGUUCUUCGAUAAUGGCAGAUUCAAACCAGGCCCUUGGAACCUCGGGAAAUACUCGAAGCCCUUAGGAGCAGUUGCCUUUGGUUGGUGGUUGUUGAUUGUUCCGGCGCUGUGCUUCCCUGCGGUCAAGGGCAAAGACCUGACUCCACUGACGAUGAACUGGACAUGUCUCAUCUAUGGGGGCUCGAUGUUUUUGGCCAUGUCAUGGUACGCGAUCAACGGCCGAAAAUGGUUCAAAGGGCCUCGUAUCAAUGUGCAUUACACAGCAGGAGGAACGGAGAUUCUCGAUGGCGAAUCUGCACACAGCAGUGAGGGAAAGCAGAAGGGAAUUGAAGCAGCAGAGAUCAAGUCGGAGGUGUAG